AUGCAUGCAGAUUUCUAUUCUGGUGCGGCAGAGGACUUGCUGCAGCUGCACGAAGACGCCGCAGAAGAUCCAGAGACAGCAGCACAGGAGGGCAGCAAUGCACAGGCUGAUGAGUAUCUGGACGGCGAGCCAGAUGCUGAAGCAGACGCUACAGCCGAGUUGGGGAAGGCGUCCAGAGCAGCAGGCAGGGCAGGAGAGCAGGAAAUCGGUGCUUCCAGAGAGACAAGCGGAGAUGUCGACACCGAUUCGCUACGUCGAGACUGGCUCUCGCCAACCCUCUCUGCUUCUCAGGUGUCUCAGCGAGCGAAGCUGAAGGCUCUCAAGCGACGGCGCGAGCAGAGCGCCACUCCGGGGUGGGAGUCUUUCUUGAAUCGCAUACCUGUAGAAGAAGAAGACAUGGAGGCAAGAAACGCAAGGGAAGGCCUGCCUCCGCCUCACGCCAAAACUGUGGAUCAACUGCCUGUGAAGAGCAUCACCAUUGACGGCGAAACCGUUCUGUAUAGACAGGCGCUCGACUCAAGCCCUAUGUUCAUCGACCUUGAGACGUUUGAACGCCUGAAAGCACAGUGGGCAGACGACCCCGAGGAGCUCAAGAGGCUGCAGAGGGAGGAAAAGGCCGCGUAUGGCAUCUCGGAGGCAGUGCCAGAUGAAGACUGGAUCCCCAUCCGCCGAGGGCUCCCUAAGGGCCGGCUUGUCGUCUCCCACGGGCUCAUUCCUGCAAACGCCACGACGGAGGAAGCCGGCUACGAUUAUGUGGAGAGCUACUUCGAUCCCAAGAGGAAGUACUCGUGGUCCUACAAGAAGUACAACCCUUAUAAAAUGCGACGCAGUGGCGAUGCGGAGCUCGAGGAAGAGGGCGUGACGCCAGCCUAUCGACUCGAGACGGAGGAAUCUCGGCGGUACUAUCUGAAGGAGACUAGGCCCCCGGAUAGGGAGGUUGACGACGGCAUUGCGCGUCAAGCUACGCUUGCUGAAGAAAUGAUAUCCGCGCCUGUGUCUGCCGCUGCCGCUGCCGCUGCACGUGACUCUCGCCCUGGUGCAUGCGCUAGACGGAGUUUUUGCUUGGCGAUCUUAGGCAUGCGUCGGAGUCCGGAGGGGGAAGAGCAGUGGCGAUUCAUUUCGGAAGCACCGUUCGGGGUGUUGGCGGGGAGGCAAAACUUCUCCCGCACGCUAAGCCCGAGGGAUUUCCCGUGGGUGCAGCAGGUCCUUUCAGAGAGCCGAGGCUGCACACAAGAAGCAGGCGAUGCGCCGACUUCCGAGGCGGCGGAGGCCCCUCCAGCGAGUCCGUUGCAUGCGCAAGCUCAGGCUGAGAGUAACGGCUCCCGCAGUCUAGCCCAGCGGCAGCUGGGCACCUUCGAGGGCGAUCCAGGAGGGCAACUCCUCCCCGAAACGCCCUCUGUAAGAGGGAAGGACAAAAAGGAUGAGGAGCUGCCUCCCCCGCCGCUCAUCCCGAGACCAGAGGGCCCCUCGAUGUCUCCUGAAGAGGCCUAUCACCGCCAGUACGCGCAUGUAGGCUUGCCUUAUACCACUGGCUGCGCAUCGCCUAAGUUGUGCCUGCCGAAGGGGCGCCUUCCGCGCGUUCCGCAGCCGACAAGGACGCCUCCCUGGACGCUAUCGUACAGACAGCUGGGCCAGACGGAUCUCUACGUGUCUGAGGUGGGUCUGGGAACGAUGUUCAUGGGGGCCCCUCGGGGGCCCCCAGCGGGGGAGGGCAACUACAACACUCCUGAGGAUCUCUUGUCCUACGCUGUGGAUGGAUGGGGUGUGAAUUUCAUCGACACCGCCGAGCUGUAUCCUCUCCCCGCGUCUCCCAAGACGUACGGAACGGCCGAGAAGAUAGUGGGGAGCUGGCUGGCGCAGAGAGGCGCCUCCAAGCGAGCGGAGUUAGUGAUUGCGACGAAGGUUGCAGGACCAGAUGAGAGACUCGCUUGGCUUAGAACCGAAGAAAAGUCUAAGUACGUUCCUUUCCCCCCCCUCCCCCCUCCACGCAUACAGGGCACCUGCCUCUCCAAACGCCAGAUCCUUCAAGCUACGGAGGGCAGCCUGCAACGCUUGGGCUCCUCCUACAUCGACUUGCUGCAGCUGCACUGGCCGCAACGCUACGUCCCUCUGCACGAGACGGGAGACGCUGCAGAUGUGCUUUUUGAUAUCCCCAAAGCCCUCGCGACAGACACGGAGGCGAGACACUGCUCCAUGGAGGAGCAGUUAGACGCCAUCGAAGCUCUCCUAAGAGACGGAAAGAUUCGAGCGUGGGGGCUGAGCAACGAAACGCCAUAUGGCCUUCUGAAAUUCUGCCAGCUGGCCAAGGGCAGAGGACUGCCUCCCCCAGCUAGUUGCCAGGUUCACUAUAGCCUGCUUUUUAGGAACGAUGUGGAGAAGCAGUUCGUGGAGGCAGUGCGCCCGCAGAACGCAGGCGUCUCGCUUGUAGCCUACGGGGCCCUAGCUGGAGGCUUGUUGACGGGAAAGUAUUUGGAGUGGCUCGAAUUUCCCACGGCAGGCCGUUUACUCCGAUUUCCUUCCUACAUGAGCAGACUGAGGGGAUCGAUGGCUGCGAAGGCAGUGCGGGAGUACUUUAAUUUAGCGCGCCGGUUUGAGCAGCCUAAUUUAACUGCAGUAGCUCUGAAGUGGGUGUUCUCGAGGCCCUUCGUCUGCUCCACACUCCUCGGGUUCAGUGACUUCUACCAGCUGCGAGAGAACUUGCACUGCCUCCACCCCGCAGCCGGGGCGAUGACAGACUGGAUGGAGAGGGAGAUCAACUAUAUCCAUUGGAAGUGGCGCGACCCUUUGAGGAUCAUACACUGA